AACACAACGCGUUUAGUUUAGUGAGACAGUAACUGUAAAAAUAAACUGUAAUGCUGAAAUUUCGCAUCUCAAAGUCAGCUAAAGCGGAGAGUCUUAAGGAUGAAAAAACGCAGCUCGACGAUAAACAAUUGGUGCAACUCAUACGUGCAACACCCGCGCGCAGUUCGCUCAUUUUGGCGCUCAGCUGCAAUCAGCCAGCUGAGCGUUGCAGCAGGUGCGGCAGUUUUAAUGAAAAAAUUACAACUAAGAAAACAAAAGCAACAAACACAGCAGUAGUACGCAGCAUUAGUGCCUUAACCGAUUCGACAUUCAAUAACAGCACGCACAGUUUUAUUGGUCUCAACAGUGCUGUUUAA